GUUGUAAGCGACCGUCUGUUCCAUUCAUCAAUUGAGUAAGAUUUUAAUUAAAGGAGGAUGGCAGGUAUUCUCAUUCCCCGUUUACAAACCAAAGAAGAAAUAGACAGAGCUAUUUUAGAUACACGAGAAAAAGUCCUUGUCCUUCGCUUUGGGCGAGCGGACGAUCUCGAAUGCAUUAAAAUAGAUGAUAUCUUUUCCAAAGUUAUGGAAGCUCUGAGUAACAUGGCUGUCUUCUAUACUGUGGAGGUUGACAGUGUUCCAAUCUAUGUCCAUUACUUUGACAUUACGUUGAUACCGUCAACUAUUUUCUUCUUUAAUGCUCAACAUAUCAAAGUUGACUGGGAAACACCGGAUCACACCAAAUUUGUUGGCAGUUUCAAGACAAAACAGGAUGUGAUUGAUGUGGUAGAAGUUAUUUUUCGAGGAGCAAUGAAAGGAAAACUAAUUGUGAAAAGCCCCCUGGAUCCUCGCAAUGUCCCUCGAUAUGAGCUAAUUUACAAAGACAUAUAAUAUCAUCCAGGUGAACCAACAUCCGUUUCCACCUGUCCUUGGUCAUCUUCAACACCAGUUACUGGCAACCGCUUUCAUAUCUCAUGGCUCUGACAUAAUUAAGUUUGAAGAUCAACAUAUGCACAAGCAUGGCUGUGUGGCUAGAAGCAUGCUUCUCAAUUGUAAGGUUCCAGGUUCAAUCCUUCUGCGUGGCACCUUGGGCAAGUAUCUUCAACUAGAGUUCUGGGCCGACCAAAGCAUUGCAAGUGGAUCUGGUAAACAGGAUCUGAAAUAAGCCUGUCAUAUAUAUAUAUUAAAUAUAUGAUUUAAGUUAUAGAACAAAGUUCAACAAAUUCAAUCAUAUUUUUUAUCUAUUUCACUAUACGAUUGUUUUGUACAGAAAAACAAAUUCAUUUUAAGAAUCUGAGUUGUCAAAGACUACCCCUCAGUAGUAGCACAAUAAGAAAAAUAAUGAUAAUAAUAAUAAAAAAACCAAAUAAAGAAAAAAGGACUUUAGAAUUACAUGGGUAUGUAAAAUAGACAUGGCUCCAAGAACAAUUACACUUUACUCAGAUUCUUAAAAUGAAUUUAUCUUUCUGUAUAAAACGAUUGUAUAGUGAAAUAAAUAAAAAAAAUUAUUCCAUAUUAACAGCUAAUCUCCUCCAUUUAUGAAAAAUAUGAUUGAAUUUGUUGAACUUCAUUCCAUAACUUAAAUCAUAUACUUAAUAUACUUACAUAACCUUUCAUAUCUAUGCCAAUUUACAUCAGUAAAUUCAAAGUGAAGUAUGAAGAAUCAACAUAAGAAAUCUUAUGGAAACUACUCCAAUUAAAGGAUGAAUCUACAUUCAACCUUUUUU